AUGGAUACGCCAGGUCGUAGUCUCACCUCGCUACGGUCCUUGACUUUGGAUCUACCCCCGAGCUGCAUCGAAUUCUGCCCCGCGCAUGCAGAUUAUUUCAUCGUUGGCACGUACAACCUGGAGAACCCUGAAACGCCAGACGCAGCCGCCCCUCCUGCGCCUGGCGAUGAUGAAGAACCGCCUCGGAAAGAGAAGAGAAUUCAGGCUCGGAAUGGUAGUCUCGUCGUGUUUAGACUAACCGGCAGUGCGGAUAUAAGGCAGAUACGAACGGUCAGCUACCCAUCGGCUAUCCUCGAUCUCCACUUCCAUCCUCGCUGGGCGGGAGGAAAGGUGGCAGCCGUUGUUUCAAGCACCGGCACUCUCUCUUUCUUUCACCUUUCCGUUUCUGGUGAAUAUUCAGCCACAUUAGACGAGAUCGCCACACACAGGCCAUUAGGCGAUGACGAGGGUGUACUAAUCCUCUCGUGCUGCUGGCACCCUAGUAUUCCUGAGCUGCUUGCCAUCACAACCUCUAACUGCCAGGUCCAUAUUCUACGUGUGGAUGAGCAUUGGGACAUCCACCAAACACACGAUACACCCUUGAUGACGCAUUCCCUCGAAGCUUGGACGGUGGCAUUCUCGUCGUUUGUAGAAGGCCACGCGUCAAAGUCAGCUGGAGAGGGGGAGGAAGAACCACAGUUGUUCACGAUAUUCUCAGGCGGCGACGACUCUAAACUUCUAAGCGCCAGUUGCGCGUACCAACGGGUUCGUGGUAACAUUGAAGGCAACACCGUUCGGACACGUUGGCCUGUGGCUGCCAUCCAGGGCCAUGAAGCAGGUGUUACUGCCAUACUGCCGUUAGGAUUACGGCUUACCGAUGGGGGAUCGUUAGUCGUCACUGGGAGCUAUGAUGACCAUAUAAGAGUGUACUCCGUCCCUAGCCCCGCCCAGGGAGCGUCUCUCCAGAGGCCUCGGGUGCUAGCUGAACAGGAUCUGUGUGGAGGUGUGUGGCGGCUCAAACUGGUUAAGCUGGAACAAGAGGGCCGAGGACUAGGCGAGAAGCAACAGUGGACGUUGCUUAUUCUAGCCUCUUGUAUGCAUGCCGGACCGCGAGUGCUAGAAGUGGUAGGCGAUAACACGGGAUAUUGUAGAAUCGAUAUCCUCGGUCGCUUUGAAGAACACCAAAGCAUGAACUACAGCAGCGAUUUCCAGCCCUUGCCUGAUGAGGGCGGCCAGAGGCUUCGGUGCAUAUCAACGAGUUUUUAUGAUAGGUUGUUAUGCUUAUGGGAAUUUUAG